AUGCUCGAGAAGUCCUACCUUACGUACGUGGAUCACUUCAUACACCUUAUCGAGGCUGACCUGUUGCAGAAGUUUGACAAGUGUACGCAUGACCUGGGUUCAUUGCGGCAAAGUGUGUUCGCUUGCAUAACUUGCUGUCCACCACCUGCUUCCACCGCGCAACUCUACACAUCCGCCGGUGUUUGCUACUCCUGCUCGAUCUCCUGCCACGGUGAGCAUACUCUUGUCGAAUUGUUCAAUCGGCGGGACUUCGUAUGCGACUGCGGCACAACAAGAAUUCAAUCUGGCGCACCAUGCACCCUACGGUCGGAUCCAAGCUCUGGUAGCCGAGGAGUCAGUGCUCAACAACCCGCCCCAGGGAAUCACUAUAAUCACAAUUAUCAAAACCGCUUUUGUGCGUGCGGGGAGGAGUACGAUGCACACACCGAGAAGGGAACAAUGUUCCAAUGCCUUGGCCUAGGCACAGUCGAGACAGGAGGCUGCGGGGAAGAUUGGUAUCAUCCGGAAUGCUUGAUGGGAUUGAGCCGUGACUGGUAUCACCAAAGGGAGACAAAAGAGGAGGAGAAGAAGAAGAAGAAGAAGAAGGAGAAGGCAUCAGAACAGGCAACGGAAGAAGAAACCAGCCACCCAAUUCCUCCGGGCUUUCCCCGCGAAGACGACUUUGAGGGUUUGAUUUGCUAUAAAUGCGUCGAAUCCAACCCCUGGAUUAAGCAAUACGCGAACACAGCAGGAUUCCUCAAGCCGGUAUUCAAUUCAAAUCCCAGCGCGGAAAUCCAACCCCAAGCGGUAAGUGUCCCAGUAACGGGAUCAUCGGAGACAGUAAGCCUUAAACGCAAGGCUUCUGACAGUGACCUGGACGAGGCACCAGCAAGCCCGUCCAAGCGUGUUAAGGACGAAGAGAAGCCCGCCACCCCCGCCGAGACUGCUGCGCCGACAGCUUUAAGUGGAGGGAAAGAAGCACCAGGCCCAACACCACUUCCCCACAAACAUGACGCCCUUCCCCCUUCACCUGAGGGUACCUUCAGCUUAUUCCUCAAGGCCGAUUUCCGCGAACACCUCUGCCAUUGCCCGAAGUGCUACCCAAACCUAAUUCCACACCCACAACUCGUCGAGGAGGAAGAGGCAUACGAGCCGUCGAUCUCGGACUCGAAUGCCUCUGGACCCAACGACGGCCGCUCCGGAACUCACUCACACGGGACCGCCAGCCUGCUGGACCGCGGCGAGGCCGCGCUGUCCGGCAUGGAUCGAGUAAAGGCGAUCGAGGGAGUCAUGGUGUACAACCACCUGCGAGACAAGGUCAAAGAAUUCCUCAAACCGUACGCUGAGAGUGGCAAGGCUGUCUCGGCCGAUGAUAUCAAGGCAUAUUUUGAGAAAUUGCGUGGUGAUGAGAAUGCAAUCAAAGAAGCCGGCGCAAAGCCGACCGAUGGCGAUUCUGGUGGCGCUGGUAACAGGCGGGAGCAACCUGGGUAUUGA